AUGAACGACAGGCUAUUGAAUGGCUCUGGUUCUUAAGAUUUAUAUACGAUGCUUCAUACAGGAGAUAGAUUUUAUCACAUUAUGGUUUGGCUCUCAUUUUGUAAUGUCUUCGCAAUCCUUACAACCAACAUCUUUUUUAAUAUGGCAUAAUUUUUGAUUUAAUGGGAAGCUAUUCCAGCCGUGGUAUCUUCAUGUUUAUUAUCAUCAUCAUUUUAGGUUUUAUCUUUGCUUUAGAAUUGUGGAGUUAUUUAUAAUUAAGGCAGAUGA